UAAUGCAAAAUAUUGUACAAAGUGGUUCAGAUGAAGAAACAGAAUUUAUAUUCGAUUCAAAUACUAUACAACUUAAUGAGAGUAAGUCUCAAAUUUCAAAAGCUAAUGUAAAUUAUUUAAUGACAUCAUUAUUAUAGGAUGAGAUCAAACAAUUAAAUGAUUAGAAUAAAGAAUUAGCCACUUAACUAAAUAAAUAGAAUGAAUUACUUGAUUUAAAACAUAAGUAGAAUUAAUAAUUGUAAAUCGAAGGUAUAUAUGAUGUUUAAAAUUUCUUAGUAACUAAAUUAAAAGAAUUAGUAGAUGAUAGAGAACUUAAAUUAUUAUAGUCUAUGAAAGAAAAACAAUCAAUAUAAAAUGAACUUAUUAAUUUGCAUGAUAUAUUAGAUCAAACUACUUAAAGAAAUGAUCAAUUAAAUUCUGAAGUGUUUGCACUUAGAUUAACAAUGGAAUAAUUAUAAUGUAAAUAUUAAAUGUAUUAUCAUUUUAGAAACUACAACCAUGUGUAAAGAAGACACUAAUUAAGCAUUACAAAGAGAAUUGAGAUUAAAAGAAAAUGUUGAAGUAUAAUCUAAAGCCAUUAAAUAAUUGGAAGAAAAAAUCAACAAAAUCUCUAAUGAACUUAAUUAAAAACAGGCUUAAUAUAAAAUUGAUAUUUAAAAUAGAGAUAACAUAAUAUAAGAUUUAAAGAGACAAUAUGAUUUAUAAUUGUAAUAGAAUACUGAAAUAAUCUCUGAAUUAAUAGAAUUUAAAAACUAAAAUCUAUAAAAUUCUGUCAUGAGUAAAGAUUAUAAACCAGAACUAACAAAAAUGACAAAAGAUAUUGAAGAAUAUAAAAAUCAAAUUAAAGGUUAAACUCAUUAGAUAAGUAUGUAAAAUGAAAAGAUUUUGUAACUCUAAAAUUUAUUAACAAAAUCUGAAUAAUCUAUAGCUAAUCUUUUUGCUGAACUUCAAUAAACAAAAUUAAAAUUAAAAGAAAAAGAAUAAGAAUUUUAAAAUAAACUUGGAGAAAAUAUGUAAAUAAUAGAAAAAUUGAAUACUUAAAUUACAUAAUUAACUAAUCAAUUACAAUUAUUUAAAUAAUAGGAUCAUAAAAUCAAUCUUGUUAGAAGUAUAUCCUAACCUUCUGACGAAAAACUUAUUAAAGAUUUAUAAUAAAAAAAUGAUCAAAUUGCUAUGUUAUAAAAUGAAAAUAAUUAAUUAGUUAAAUUAAUUGAAACAUUAAAGAGUUAAAAAUGUAUAAAUUUAUUUAAUUUAUUUUUAGCUGAUAAUCAAGGAAAUGAAGCUCAUAAAAUUAGAUAAUUGGAAUCAGAAUUGAAAAACCUCUAAUCAUUUAUUUAUGAAAGUCCUUUAGUAGUAUUAUUUAAUCUCCUUGAAGACAGAUUAUCAAAAUAAUAAUAAAAGAGUUUUGAAAAUAAGAAAAAGAUUUAGGAGUUCUGGGGCAAUCAAUUAAAAUAGUGGGUAGAAGGUUUCGAAGAAUUGAGAAAAGCAUUUGGUGGUUUAAAGAUUUAAUUUAAAUAUGAACUUAAGUACCCUAUGCCAGCCCAAUAAUAAAAUGAAUGA